CAACUCUUCAUCUCCUGGUUUUCACUCUUCUCUUACCUCCACAACGCAUUAGUCCCGUAUCCAUCUUGUCUUGUCGCCCAGCAAACGCAUUCAAUUUUCAGUAAUGCACUCCAUAUCCGACUUGACAACAUUCUGUCGGAAGACGACCGGUGACGUCCCUCCGAAACUUGUGGUAUGCAUCCAUUCCCUCUACUCGUUCACUGUUCAUCAUCUUUUUGUAGGGCGCGUCUACCACAGUCGUAGGAUCGAAGAUGUAUCUCUUCGUGCGUUGCUAGUUGCUCUCUAUCGUCUCUUUCUCAUUAAAGCAUCAUAUAUUAGGGUGGGCGCCUAGUCACAGAACGCCGCAUGGUCUCGGAUCUAUAUGUGUUCGACUUGGAGACCUUCGUCUGGGAGAGAAUCACACCAUCUCCAGAGGACGACAUCCCGGACGCACGAUAUU